GUGAUGAGUAUGUAUAAGUGAGUGUAUAAGUAUUUACCAAUCGUUCGCUUUAGGAAAAUUAAAAAUUAGUGUCGUUCGGGCCAAGAUAAAUGUUAAAAAACCCAGUGAAGCGCCAGUGAAUCGUUGGUGAAACGCCCGCUACCUGCAGAUUGAAACGUCCAUCGAGUGUCUGGAGACUAAGGGGCAUAUCUACAUAUGUACAUAUAUACCAGUGCGCAGGUAUAUAAGGAAAACGGGGAAAACAUUGGAAAAACCACCCAUUGAACGCAAUCCAAUUAAAUUCUGCAGAUUAUGCAGCACUGUAAUAAUCGAAAGUUACAUCAAAUCUGAGCCAAGCAAAAUGGCACUUGCAAUUGCAAUCGAUGAUUACAGUCAACCCGAAAAGUUGCCCACUGCUGGGCAGUUGGUAAAUCAGUAAGACACUGAGUACGAAAAAAAAAACACCACCCUCUCGCCAUGUCGGUAACAUCUUCGAUUGAAAAGCCCACACAACAGCAACAAAAGCAACUGGAGAGGGAGAGGGAGAGCAACACUACAGCAGCAACCACAACAACAACAACAGCGACUAUUGCAAUUGUAACUGGCCAAAGUCAAAAUCAAAAUCAAAAUCAGAAGCGAAAAUCCUUGAAUUCGAAGCGCUCGUACUCGCUGUCCUCGAGUGCAUCCAGCUCCGGUUCCGGUUCCUUCGGUGCGAUAAGGUCCGCGACAUCGCCAUUAGUCACCGAGAAGGAGAAGAUUUCAAGCGGUAGUGGGAAUAAUUUGCCCUUCUCCUCGUUCUCCUACUGCACCGACACCAUAGCAGCCGUGCAUCACCAGCGACAGUCGUACGCUCUGGUCCAGAAGCCCCCGUCCCUGCGAUACCAGGGAAAGGCCAACCAUCCCCAUCACCAUCAUCAGCUGCUGGCCAACUUCUCGCCAACGAUGACCUCCUCCUCGGAGCCCUCGUCCCCGCUGGCCGCCGAUGGCCCUGGAUCCGGAAUCCUCAGCCCCUCCGAGGUCACCACCCAUUGUUGCACCAAUGUCAAGGCCAACAUCACUCCGCUGGCCACACAGAAAAUGCAUCGAACAAUACCAUCUGAUAAAAUUAACCUACGCCUCAUUCUUGUUAGUGGUAAAACAAAAGAAUUUAUUUUUAGCCCCUCAGAUUCCGCAGGUGAUAUUGCACAAACAGUAUUUGAUAAUUGGCCAGAAGAUUGGACUCACGAAACUGUAUCGAAAGCUGAAAUCUUGCGCUUGAUUUAUCAAGGUCGUUUUCUCCAUUGCAAUGUAACCUUAGGAGCACUGGGACUUCCAUUAGGCAAAACGACUGUUAUGCAUUUAGUGCCACGUGAUAAUUUGCCAGAGCCCAAUUCGCAAGAUCAAAGACAAAAUAGUAAAGGCGGUUCUGGACGCUGCUGUUCAACAAAUUGCUCUAUUUUGUAACUAAAUUAUUAUAUAAUAGUGUAAUAUUUAAAUUAAUUUGCAUAAAAAAAAAAAAAAAAAAACAAAUAAAAAAAUAUAU